CGGAAACUUUCAUUUUCGAAACAAAACUCGUUCGCAGAUUGAAGUUUUUUAAUUAUUAAUUUGUAAAAAUAAUUAAGAUUCUCUUAAUUACCCUAAUUAUUCAAUGUAGUGAACAUUAGUGAUUGAUUCGAACAUUUGUGUGUCUAUUUUUCGAGUACUCGAUUUAUGAUUAAAUCGAAGCUUUUUGCUCGUCAUUAGAUCACGAUGGCUACCACUUCGAGAUCAAAUGAGCAACGUUAUUAUUUUCUUCAAGAAUUACGUUCUCAGAGCUUCGACUUGAUCAGAUUUGCUUCUUAUCGUACAGCUUGCAAAUUGAGGUUUAUUCAAAAGAAAACUUAUUUGCAUUCUAUCGAUAUUUGGAACGUCAUAGAAUCAUUUCGAGAAAAUGGAUUGAACACUUUGGAGCAUCAAUCAGAAAUCAAUAUUACUCGAUUGGAAGCGUUAAUCUCGAAUCUGUACCAUAAUUUAAAUAAACGUCUGCCUUCUCAACAACAAGUUUCCGUAGAAUCACUCUCAUCUUUAUUGUUGAACUGGUUAUUAGCUGCUUAUGCUGGCGAGAAUAAUGGCAGAAUAAAAGUACUUUCUAUAAAAGUUGCUCUGGCAACUAUGUGUGCUGGGAAAUUAGCUGAUAAACUACGAUACAUUUUUUCGCAAAUAUGCGACGGCAAUGGUAUCAUGGUUCAUUGGAAAUUUAACGAGUACCUUCAAGAAGUAUUGGCUCUUCCAGCUGCGGUUUACGAAUCUCCAACUUUUCCAUUCACUAGUCAGUUAGCUAAUGAUAUAUUUCCAACAAAUUCUAGAAUUACAUUAAACGAUUUCAUCGAUACGUUGAUGGCAGAACCUGGACCACCGUGUUUGGUUUGGUUUCCGUUAAUUUUUAGACUCGCCAGUGUCGAAAGUGUGGUCCAUCCGAUAGCUUGUGAUGUUUGUCACAAAGAUAAUUUCACCGGAUUUCGGUACAGAUGUCAAAAAUGCCAUAAUUUUCAGUUAUGCCAAGAUUGCUUUUGGAAAGGACGUGUCGCCGGUGGACAUAAUUUAGAUCAUGAGAUGAAAGAAUACGCAGUUUAUAAAUCGCCGAGUAAACAGAUCGGUCACACGUUACGUAAAUCUUUUCGAUGUGUUCCCGAUAAAGGAAAAUCCAACAUUCCCAGAUUUCCCGAAGAGCCAGAAAAAACUAUUAAUUUAUCUCACAUCAUUCCUCCUUCCCCUUUACCGACGCAUAAUGGUUUUCCAGAACCAGGAAUGGGCCAAUACGAUUAUAAUUCGUUAGACAGUCGAUCAACCAUUAGGAGCGGCGGUAAAUAUUCCACGUUAAUGAAUGCUAGCCAAAUUGAUGAUGAGCAUAAACUCAUCGCUCGAUAUGCAGCUCGUUUAGCCGCCGAGGCCGCAGCAGUAGGUCGAACAACAUCCGAAGGAUCUCUCAGUAUUGAUACAUCACGCGCACAAAGAGAAUUAAUAUUCCAACUGGAAAAUAAAAAUAGAGAAAUAAUGAAAGAAAUUGCCAGAUUAAGAAAGCAACAAGAAGCCGAAGAAUAUGGCGGUUUAGAAGAGAAUCCUGCAUUGAUGAAUGAACUCAGAGCGUUAAGGUUACGAAAACAUGAAUUAGAAACGCAUCUGACAACAUUGCAAGAUUCCAGAAAACAUCUGAUGAUUCAACUAGAAGGUCUCAUGAAACUUCUCAAGAAUCAUCAACCCUCACCUCGUUCGACGCCGAAUUCUUCUCCUAGAUCGGUCAAGUCUCCUCCGCCAUCUAGAUCUGCUCCUCCUACACCUGGUGGAUCAGCUGCUGCUUUAGCCUCUGCUGAUAUGUUAACUGGCGAUGUACGAUCAGCUUUUAGCGGAUCUUCAGCCGGAGGACAAUCUGUAUUUGCCAGUAAUUCUUCGAUAGCUGGAAAUCGAAGUUUUAGGAACGAUCUUUUGGUUGCUGCUGAUUCUGUUACUAAUGCAAUGUCUACUCUAGUCAGAGAAUUGAAUUCUGAAGGUUCUGAAGACGAAGAACCAUCAUCCGGUUCAAACCUCGUUAAACCUUUGGGUACGAAGUAAAUUACCUACCGUUCGAGUUAUCUGUGCCAGGAUUUUACCAUCGUUGUUUUAAUUACCUAUCGUUCUGUUUUUGUAACAGAUUUAUCUAUCGGGAAUAAUUUAGAAAGAUAAUUUUACAAAAUCAAAAAUUAUAUCAAAGGUGCUUGAUUGUUUUUUCCAUAUUGGAAUUUCUGUGUAAUACGUAAAUGUUUUUUAGUUUUAGAAUAAUCUAGAAUACUUUAGACUCUGAACGAUACUCAAUAUGCUGGUAAUUGUUGAUACCUAUUCUCUUACCUUCGUAAUAAGAUUCAGUAAUACUCGAAAAUGCUGAUAGAGAAGCAUUCCAUACUUUGAAGAAAAAAAACUAUCUACGGUAUCGUUGAAUUUCCCCCUCGUAUAGUCAAAUUUUCCACUCAAACGAAGUACAGAUACAUUUCGAAUUUUAUUCACGUUCAGGUAUAUUAUGCCUCUUGAAUAAAAGCUAAAUGCUCGUCGAACUAAAACUGUCAAAAAGUGAACUGAUUUUUUUAAAAACUUUAUAUCGAAAGGAAUCCGUUUUUAGAACCCUUUUUGCCUAAUUUUACCCACCGAAUUUUUAAUUUAUAUACUUUGUUAUGCUUUUACUGUAAAUUUUUAUAUGAGUUUGUAAAAAUAUUUUACUUGUGUGUUCUGUGAAACGGCAAAAUAAAAUGUUUAAGCUUGAUUUAAAA